AUGGCGACUCGCAACCCCAAGCGGCAAUCGCUGCCGCACAAGCAGGGGAAGACGGAGAUUCGCCAGCAAAAGAGAAAACGAGACCAGGACGACCUGCAACAACUCGAGGCCGCCGUUGGCCAGCUCGAUCCUACCUCGACCGACGUCAAGGCCUUUGCGGACCUCCCGCUCUCGCAGGCCACAGCGAAGGGUUUGAAGGCGUCGCACUUUCAGACCCUGACCGAUGUCCAACAGCGCGCCAUCCCGCUCGGCCUCAAGGGCCGCGACAUCCUCGGCGCAGCCAAGACCGGUAGCGGCAAGACACUGGCCUUUCUGGUCCCCGUCCUCGAGAAGCUGCACCGCGCGCAAUGGACAGAGUUUGACGGCCUCGGCGCCCUUGUCAUCUCGCCGACUCGCGAGCUCGCCGUCCAGAUUUUCGAGGUCUUGCGCAAGAUUGGCCGCUACCACAACUUCUCGGCCGGCCUCGUCAUUGGCGGCAAGAGCCUCAAGGAGGAGGCUGAGCGUCUGUCAAAGAUGAACAUCCUCGUCUGCACCCCCGGGCGCAUGCUGCAACAUCUGGACCAGACGGCGGGCUUUGACGCAGACAACCUGCAGAUUCUGGUCCUCGACGAGGCCGAUCGCAUCAUGGACAUGGGCUUCCAGUCCGCCGUCGAUGCGCUCGUCGAGCACCUGCCCAAGACGCGGCAGACACUCAUGUUCAGCGCCACGCAGAGCAAAAAGGUCUCGGACCUGGCGCGCCUGAGCCUCAAGGAGCCCGAAUACGUCUCUGUUCACGAAGCAGCGACCACGGCCACUCCGACGAACCUCCAGCAGCACUACAUCACGACACCCCUUCCCGAAAAACUCGAUACCCUAUAUGGCUUCAUCAAGGCCAACCUCAAGAGCAAAAUCAUUGUCUUCCUGAGUUCAGGAAAACAGGUCCGUUUCGUCUACGAGAGCUUUCGACACCUCCAACCGGGUAUUCCUCUGCUGCACCUCCACGGCCGACAAAAGCAAACCGCGCGGUUAGAGAUUACCUCCCGGUUCACGGCCGCCAAGCAUACAUGCCUUUUCGCCACUGAUGUUGUCGCACGAGGCAUCGACUUUCCCGCCGUCGACUGGGUGAUUCAGGCCGACUGCCCAGAGGACGUCGACACAUACAUCCACCGUGUGGGCCGUACAGCCCGGUACGAGAGCAACGGCCGUGCUGUGCUGUUUCUGGACCCGAGCGAAGAACCUGGCAUGAUCAAGAGAUUGGAGCAGAAGAAGAUCCCCAUCCAGAGGGUAAACGUCAAGGAGAAGAAGAAGCGCAGCAUCAAGAACGACCUUCAGAACAUGUGCUUCCAAAACCCCGACCUCAAGUACCUCGGCCAGAAAGCGUUCAUAAGUUACACCCGCGCCAUUAACCUGCAAAAAGACAAGGAGAUCUUCAAGCUCAACAAGCUGGACUUGGAUGGGUUCGCCGCCGCGCUGGGUCUCCCCGGAACGCCCCAAAUCAGGUUCCAGAAGGGUGAGGACGUCAAGAAGAUCAAGAAUGCGCCCCGAGAUGGCAUGUCAAGCGGCUCAGAGUCAGAGAUGGAUUUGGACGGAGAGAAGCCCAAGAAGAAGAAGAACGAGGUUCGGACAAAGUACGACAAGAUGUUUGAGCGACAAAACCAGGACGUCCUGUCGAGCCACUACUCGAAACUCGUCCUCGAUGGGUCCAAGCCUGCGCAGGACGACUCAGACGACGACGACUUCCUGGCCGUCAAGCGCCGUCUCAACGACGACGACCUGGACAAGGAGGCCAGCAAGGGCCAUAUCGGCGGAGCCAAGGUCAUCUACGGGCUCGGCGGCAACGAGCCCUUCGUCGUGGACUCGAAGCGCCGCGAAAAGGCGCUCCAGUCCAAGAAGAAGAUGCUCAAGUACAUGGGCAACCCCAGCAAGCUCGUUUUCGACGAGGACGGCAACGCGCACGAGAUCUACGAACUGCAGAACGAGGACGAGUUCAAGCAGCAGGGCCCCGUCGACGAGCUGCGGCAGCGCUUCGUCGAGAGCGAGUCGGCGCGCGUGCGCGAGGCCGACGUGGACGACAAGCAGCUCGCCCGACAGCGCAAGCGCGAGAAGCGCGAGAAGAAGAAGGCGAGAGAGGCUGCGGAACUCGCGGGCGUGGACGGACGUGGCGCCGGCAGCGACGACGACGACGACGAGGCUCCUCGACUGGUGUCUACGGGUGGCGACGCAGACGAGGACCCGCUGGCGCUGCUGCGCUCGCUCCCCGUCGGCGACGAUGGCGAAGACUCCGAGCCGGAGCCCCCGCGCAAGAAGGCCAAGAAGUGGUUCCAGCGCGACGACUCGGACGCCGACUCGGACGACGAGACGCGCGAGAGGAGCAAGGCCAAGGCCAAGCCCAAGGCCAAGACAAAGGGCAAGGGCAAAGUGUUCGAGGUGGAGGACGAGCCCGAGACGCUGGAGGACUUGGAAGCCCUGGCGGCGGGCCUGCUCAAUGGGUGA